CCAAACGUUUAAGCAGUGCAAUUGUUGUAGCUUUAUACAGUGCAUACGACUUAACUAUUACAUUUGGCUUCUGGCUGGUGCUGCUGUUCGAUUUCCUCCUCACCUUUUCUUCACGACACGGACCUAUGAACAUGACCAGCGGCAAGGAAGAUGAGUUGAACGUCCUAGAUGUUCAUGCUGCAACGCGAGCUGCGAACGGGAACUUCGCGAAGCACGUAAAUGUUGCUCAUGGAACUUUCCGGUGCAGACGCGGCUACAACCUGCACACCACCACCUACACGCCGCUCGCCCGCCGCUCGCCCGCCUGCCUGGUCUUCCACCACGGCCUAGCCGACCAUGCGGCUCGUCACGGCGUAGUCCUGGGGCACCUGUGCGCCUCUCUGGGCAUGCCCGUCUACACCUACGAUGCACACGGCCACGGUCUCAGCGGCCCCAGCGGACCCAUGGGUCGCGCGCUCAUCCGCUCCUUCGACGACAUGGUGGACGACCUGCUUGACUUCACUCGCCAGCUGGUGGUUCCGGCGGAGGAGCAGGCGGUGGUGGUGGGGGAGGCGACACAAGCGGAGGCGGUUUCGGAGGCGGGGGCGGCUUGUGAGGGUGGUGAUGGUGAUGGUGAUGCGACGGCCGGAGUUGGGAUGCGGUUAAGGAAAAAGGUGCAGCAGCAGCGGGAGGAGGAGGAGCGGGAACAAGAGCAGCAGCAGGGGAUGAAUGGCAACAGGGCAACAAAGCGGAAGCCCAGGAUCUUCCUGAUGGGAUAUUCCAUGGGCGGCCUGACGUGCUGCCUAGCGGUGGCAGUUACGUCCUUACCGGCGUCAUCUUCUUCCCCUUCAACGGCGCCGGCAGCAGAAGCGGAAGCAGCAGCGUCAAAGGCCGGGGAAGCAGCUGGAACCUCUCCUUCAUGCCCCGCCCCCGCAUCAACCCAGCAUCAGCAGCAACCCGGCUCCGAAACUGCCGCAAACGGGACAUCAGGGGUAACAACCACCACUACAACCAACGGCAACUGUGUCAACGGAUGCUCAACCGCAGCCCAUAACGGCUGCACCACCAGCUCCAACAACAGCACCAACAGCACUAACAGCUUGUUCGAGGGCCUGAUGCUGACGUCAUGCCUAACCGACCCCAUGUUCGGCGCCUCGCCCCUCAUGCGGCUGGUCAAGCUGGCGUUCGUGACGGCGGUUGCGCAGCUGGCCCCCGCGCUGCCCAUGCUACGACGCAACCCGGUGGAGUCGGGCAUCCGAGACCCGGCGGGGGUGGCGCAGAUGGCCGCUGACACGCUGUGGUACCGCGGCAAAUUCAAGGCCGCCACCGUCGCCAGCAUGCUGUGGGGCUGCACCCGGCUGCGCUGGCUGGCCCGGCGCAUCCGCCUGCCGCUGUACGUGCAACACGCCACCGUAGACACCUCCUGCAGCCUGCCCUCCAUGCGCGCCUUCCUGGGGCGAGUGGGCGCACGCGAUGUGACGCUGCAUGUGGUGCAGGGGGCCUACCACGACCUGCACCAUGACCCUGAGACGCCGGUGCUGCUGGGGCGGAUGGUGGAGUGGCUGGGGGCGAGGAUGUGAGGAGGGAGGAUGCUGCGGGCGAGGAUGUGAUGAGGGGGGCUGCGGGCUUGUGCCCGGUUCCGGUUGUGACGAAGGCGCGAGUGUAAUGAAGGCGUGGAUGUGGGAAGGAAGUAAGGAGGGUGUGGUAAGGCUGGGUAGGAAGGGGAGGUAAGGAAGGUGACUAGCGGGAAAUAGGGUUUCCGGAGAGGAUGGGUGGUGGAGAUGGGAUAAGACGAGGGAAGGCGUCUGGGGAACUGGAACGCUACGUAUCUACCUAGAUGGUGCAGCGAAGGAGGAGGAGUAAGCGCUACAGGUGUUGGAAGGUAUUAUGCGACGGCGUCUCGAGGUAUCCGGUGGCCUAGAGGGGCCUGGUGAGUGUAGGCGUGAUGGUAUACCGUGGUGUGGGGAAAGAGGUGUUUAGGGCGGGUGGGAUAGGGGAAUCCGAAACGAGCUGUCAAGGAGCGGGCGGUACUGCGUGUGAAUCGGAGGCUGCAUCUCGUAACGGUGUGCGGGUGAAGGUGCGAUGCGGAGCGUAUCGGGAAUGAGGUAGUAACGGCUGCAAUCCGAGGGAGGGCAGGCGACACCUAUAGCCAAGCACCUAGGGUGUGGGCAUCUGGUAUGUUGGGUGCUAGGAUGCCGGUACGAUUUCAGGGAAUUAUGCGUGCAGUGCUUUCACCUUUCAGCGUGUCGCUAUGAGGUGGAGGCCUGGAUGUACCGGUAAGUGAGGUGAUGGUCAGGCCUAUAGCAUUAUAAUGGGUGAAGGAAACCCAAAGCGAAGAAUUACGACGGACGAAAGAUGUUAAAUAUUUUGCAUGGUAUGACAGGAGGUCCGUCCGGCGAUUCGUGGCGUGUAUCAUUAGCUGGAGAGACGGAAGGUUAAUGGAGCGCGAGAGAGAGACAGAGAGUGAGUGAGUUUGUGGUGUUGCCCGGGGGCCUGCCAGCUCGGGUGAGAAAGACGAGGAAAGCUUGGGGUUUCAUGUCUGGAGUCGACGGGCACGGCUGACUGUAAUGACG